UAAUCAUCAGAUCCCCUCAAGUUUUAGAAGGAGAUCUUGGAAUGAAGAUUAUGGUGGGACUUUUGAUAUAGCUGUGGUCUGUACUGUCGUUUGCAAUUCUCAACCUAGUAAUGGUCUUCUAGAUUUUCUUCCUACUCCCGCCCCCAGCACCUUGCUGCUUGGAGACCUAAUGGAGCUUCCGGUUCCCCUAUGUAUAUCUGAUGUUGAUGCAAUCUUCUGUAUUGACUGCCAUAUUAUGUUGCAAAAACCCAAAGCCUAUCUCACCCACUAAGAUUUCGAGCUCAUCAACCCCUUUGUCUUCUCUCCUCUCUUCUUCAUUCAAGUUUCAUGGAAGACGGCAACAGACUGCAAGUAGUAAUGUUUCCAUGGCUAGCCACUGGACAUCUCAUACCAUUUCUCCGACUCUCCAAGCUCUUAGCUGAAAAGGGUCACAAAAUCUACUUUGUAUCAACGCCCAGGAACCUUAAUAGGCUUCCUAAAAUACCAAAACAACUAUCUUCAGAAAUUAUUCUAGUAUCUUUUCCCUUUCCUCAUGUACCCAACUUACCAUCCUGUGCAGAGUCAUCUACAGACGUACCUUACACCAAACAACAGUUACUAAAGAAAGGCUUUGAUUUGCUUGAACCACCACUGACGACUUUCCUUGAAUCCUCAAAACCAGAUUGGAUUUUCUACGAUUAUGCUUCUCACUGGCUAUCAUCCGUAGCAGCAAGGCUUGGUAUCUCAUGUGCCUUCUUUAGUCUUUUCACUGCUGCAUGUUUAUCUUAUAUUGGGCCACCAUCAACUUUGAUGAAUAUUGGAGAUUCCCGGUCGAAAGCUGAGGACUUCACGGUCGUGCCCAAGUGGAUCCCUUUUGAAUCAGACAUUGUUUUCCGUUUGCAUGAGGUAACAAAGUAUGUGGAGAAAACAGAGGAAGAUGAAACUGGACCGUCGGAUUCGAUCCGGUUCGGUUUUGCAGCUGGAGGGAGUGAUGUUGUGAUCAUUAGAAGCUCUCCCGAGUUUGAACCGGAGUGGUUCAAUCUCUUACACGAUCAGCUGUACAAAAAACCAAUUAUACCAGUCGGGUUUUUGCCUCCGAUAGUCGAACAUAACGAAGAAGAUGAUACUAAGGAUGGUCUCAAGUGGGGUAAUAUCAAAGAGUGGUUGGAUAAACAAAAGGCUAACUCAGUAGUUUAUGUUGCCCUAGGGACUGAGGCUUCUUUGAGUGGUGAAGAAUUGAAAGAGUUAGCUCUUGGUUUGGAGAAUUCAACGUUACCUUUCUUUUGGGUACUCAACAAAAUACCUGGGUCAACUAAGAACGCGUUGGAUAUGCUACCAGAUGGCUUUCAGGAGCGAGUCAAGAAUCGUGGGAUUGUACAUGGGGGAUGGGCUCCACAGGUGAAAAUACUGAGUCAUGAUUCAGUUGGGGGGUUUAUGACUCACUGUGGUUGGAACUCCAUCAUAGAGGGGCUAACGUUUGGCCGAGUGUUGAUUCUGCUUCCAAUCCUAAAUGAUCAAGGGCUUAACUCAAGGUUGUUGCAUGGAAAAAAGCUUGGGCUGGAGAUACCAAGAAAGGAGCAAGAUGGAUCGUUUACAUGGGCAUCAGUGGCCGAGUCAAUGAGAACGGCAAUGGUAGAUGACUCGGGCGUACCGUGGAGAAACCGGGCAAGGGAAAUAAGAUGCUUGUUUGGGGACGUGGAUAGGAAUAACUGUUUUGUGGCAAGGCUUGUAAAUUACCUCGCGGAGAAUAAGAAGGCCCGGGUUCCAUAAAUGUCGAAUAGCUCACCUCGUGGAAAUGAACCCAAGGCCGGGAGCUCGCUGUUUGAGAUUUGAAAUGGCUUGUAACUCAUAAAAUACUUAUGAGCUUUCCU